AUGUCCUUUCAAGCCCAUCCUGACCUCGCCAUACCCAUUGGCUCCCUGAUACUAGUAACGGGGGUUUCGGGCAUGAUUGCGAUCCACAUUGCCGACGAGGCCCUCAAGGCCGGGUUCCGCGUUCGCGGUACCGUGCGAUCCAGUGAGAAAGGCAAGAAAGUUGCAGAAAUCCUGCAAUCGGCGAAUUUUGAAUACUGCGUGGUUGAAGAAAUGUCCAACGAUGGGGCCUUCGACGACCCCAUGUCGGAUGUGGCAGCUGUUAUUCACACAGCAGCCGUGACCAAUUUCUCCGGCGCGGUCGAAGAGGUCAUUCCGCCUACGGUGCGUACGAUAGAGAAUCUCCUAGCUGUGUCACAGGCCACUUCGUCGGUCCGAAGCUUUGUGUUUACCUCGACAAGUGGGGCAGCAUCUGGUCCCCGGCCUGGAGUGCGUUUCCAUAUCGGCCGUGACACAUGGAACGAGGUGGCUGUAGAGAGGGUACGCAUGACACCGGUCGAGGAGAGGCGGCGAAUGGGCUUUGAGUGGGGGUACCAGGUUUAUGUGGCCUCAAAGAUCGAGGCUGAAAAGGCUCUCUGGAGGUUCGUUGAGACACACAAGCCGUCAUUCUCAGUGAAUGUGGUCAACCCGGCCAUGAAUUGGGGCAAGGUCAUCGGGUCGACAGGGGUUAGUGGCAUGCAGAUUCGAAGUGUCCUAAAUGGAAACAUUCCAAAGAUUCCUUCUGUGUACAUGGUGGACACGGUUGAUGAUGCCCGUAUUCAUCUCGCCACCGCGAUUGACUCGACCGUUCAGAACGAGAGGAUCUUUGCAUGCGAUUCGCCAUUCAACUGGCGACUGGUCAUUGAAGCCAUCCAACGGAUCCGACCUGACUUGGUACUGCCCAAGCCAGAUCCCAAUGAACCCUUGGAUAUAAGUACAGUGGACAAUGAACUGGGAGCAGCGCUGCUGCGGAAGUGGUGGAACCUGCCCGGUUACAAAGGGUUGGAACAAACUGUCAGGGAAACAAUGGAGAUGGACAUGGCGUAA